AUGAUGGUCUCUCGUUCGGCCUCCAUUCUUACUGGCGCUCUCGCACUACUUUUACCCCUCACAGCCCAUGGCUUUUCUAUCCCCCUUCCAGACCAUCUCCAGGCCUUCCUCGGACGACCAAACAGUUUGAACCCGGGCCCAAGCUCUAACCAUGUUGAAGAUGAAAGUGCUCUAAACCGUCCGUCAUGGUUCACCUCAACUUUGAUGGCCCGCCGCCUGCUUGCCUUGUCACCCUCUGGGGUCAUCUCCACCAACUUCCCCGAGUCCCUCCCACCCUCCGCACACGCUCCCUCGGAUGUUGCCGGUCUCUCGAUCGGACUCCGCGAGUACAUUGCUGAUUGUGAUGGAUCCCUGCCAUCGGAUCUAUCCCACGAUGAUAACGGCGAUCCAACAAUCCUUGGCCUUCGCAUUGGAACCACUUUUAAGAACAUUGCAGCAGGAUCUAAUCUCAGUCUCCAGUUAGACUGGUGGGAUCAUCUUGAUGAGGCCGGUGCAGUCUACCCUGGUCUUCCUCUCAGCCCAGCUGCUCUGCCUCGCGUCACCCUCUUCGGAUACUUGGAUAACCUCCCGUCCCCGCUUUCCAAUGACGCAGCUGCGGCCCUCGAGAAGUGUUUCCUCGAGCCUCAUCCCGACGCAAAGGUCUGGCUACCUGGUUCUUCUUACUCGCCUCAUGCGAGUUUCUGGGCUCGGUUGGUGGUCACCCAUGCUUACUGGAUUGGUGGAUUUGGCGACGUGCAGCAGAUUGGGUGGAUCAAUCUCACGGAGUGGCAGGGGAUCCGACCUCACGGCAGUGUAGAGGGCGUCGGUGAUGGAAGAGGGUGGCAGGAUGUCCGUUUGCCAGGUGAGAAGCAGUAA